CGUGGGAUGAACACUUUCCCCGCCACGGGCUCGUUCAACUUUAAAAAGCCAAAGUCCACCAUUCUCCGCCUGCGUUAUGAUCAACGACACGAACGGCUCCGAGCCGGCCCACCACCACGGCGUGUUCCCCACGCUGCGGCUGGAGUCCAAGUCCCUGGUCACCUCGGCCACCAUGUUCGGCGUGGGCGUGCUGGGCAACCUGAUCGCCAUCGUGGUGCUGUGCGUGUCCAAGAAGGAGCAGAAGGAGACCACCUUUUACACGCUGGUGUGCGGCAUGGCCAUCACGGACCUGCUGGGCACCUGCUUCACCAGCCCGGUGGUGAUCGCCACCUACGUGGCCAGCCGCUGGCCCGGCGGCCCGCUGCUGUGUCAUUUCUUCUCCUUCUCCAUGCUCUUCUUCGGCUCGGCGGGCAUGUCCAUCCUGUGCGCCAUGGCGGUGGAGCGCUACCUGGCCAUCAACCACGCCUACUUCUACUCGCAGCACAUCGACAGGACGCUGGCCCGCUUGGCGCUGCUCGCCGCCUACUUGGCCAACGUGGUGCUGUGCGUCAUGCCCAGCUUGGGCUUCGGCCGGCACGUCAGACACUUCCCGGGGACUUGGUGCUUCCUGGACUGGAGGGCGACGGACGCGCUGGGCGCCUGCUACUCCUUCCUGUACGGCGGCGUGAUGCUGUUGCUCAUCGCCGUCACCCUGCUGUGCAACCUGGCCGUCUGCCGCUCUCUGGUGGGCAUGAACCAGAGGACCGGCAUUGUCCGGGCGGAGGUGUGCGAGCAGGGGGGCUCGCGGCGCCGCUUCCCGCGGCUGCAGUCCGUCACCUCGGCGGCGGAGAUCCAGAUGUUCUGGCUGCUCGUUUUCAUGACCAUCGUUUUCCUGGUCUGCUCCAUCCCUCUGGUGGUGAGAAUCUUCGUCAACCAGAUUUUCGAUCCUGCGUACAUUUCUGCUGGCGGGGAUCCCGACUACCGCAGCGAUCUGUUGGCCAUCCGUUUUGCCUCCUUCAACCCCAUCCUGGACCCGUGGGUGUACAUCCUGUGCAGGAAGAACCUGCUCCUCAAAGGUUGCGGGCGGUUGAAGCGGGCGAUGACCCGAGUGAAAGAGAGCGCCGGCGACAACAUGGGCUGGGUCGGGGGUCAGGACUCCCCGCCUUCCUUGAACACAAACAACACCAGCUACGCCUCGCUGCGCAGGAAAGACGCGGGGCAGCGGGCGGCCGUGGGGGACGCUCGGUCUUUCACGGACUUCGCCCUGAGGAACGCGUGGGACUACGACACUGCUCGGGUCAACUUCCACCCGUUCAGCGUGGAAGCGACCGCCGCGCGAGGAGGCGAAGAGGAAGUCGCGGCCGAUCCGAAGCAGGGGUCGGAGACGGUGAAGGCGUCGCCGGGACACGCGCACGCCAGGAGAGGCGAGAUGGUCACCUGCACAUUCAGCACCCCGAGCUCGUGUCAGUCACUGAAAUACCUUUAACCAACUUCUUUUUAGAACUCCGUAGAACAGUCUCAACUGGACGCAACAUUAGGAACACCCGCACGCACUCCAACAGCAUCCUAUAGCUGGCUGGCAAGGUUUCAGGUGAUGCUCUGGACCAGACCUGGGCAACUAUUUUGACUCGGGGGCCACAUUUAGAGAAAAAUGUGUCCGGUAUACAGUUGUGCUCAUAAGUUUACAAACCCCAUUUCCAUAUGUCUUGCUGAAAUAAGCAGGGGCGUCCAUGAUAACGUUGCUUGAAUGGCAGUAUAUGUUGCUACAAAACCUGUAUGUACCUUUCAGCACUAAUGGUGCCUUCACAGAUGUGUAAGUUACCUAUGCCUUGGGCAAAUCAUUGUAUUCCGUUUAUAUUUACAUCCAACACAAAUUCCCAUCUCAUAUGGAAACGGGUUUUGUAGGUGACCAUAGUAACUAGUAUAUCAUCCAUAAUCGCAGAUUCUAAGCAUUGAAAUACUUUGUAUAGUUACGGUCAUUAUAAAACAUGACUGCACAUCGUAAUGGCAGCUACACUUUCCAUCUUAAAGAUCUAAAAAACAAUAUUUGGGAAUGUCCAGCGGGCCUGAUUGAAAAGUUUAAACGGGCCGCAUGUGGCCCCAGGGCCUUAAUUUGCCCAGGUCUGGUCUAGACUCUGGAGUCCUGUUUAUUUACCUGCAUCAGUGCAACUUUGGGAGGUAUUUGAAAGGUUUGGAGACAACUGUUUAAUCUGGAAAAAUAUUUCACAUGGGAUGGAGUGGAUUUACAUGCUUACGUCAAAUAAUUUUUGAAAUAUUCAAACCAUUCAUCAUCAAGUAAGAGUGGAUGGUGAUAUCGACAGGCGGAUCGGUGCGGCGUCUUCAGUAAUGCAGACGCUGUAUCGAUCCGUUGUGGUGAAGAAGGAGCUGAGCCGGAAGGAAAAGCUCUUAAAUUACCGAUCCAUCUACGUUCCCAUCCUCACCUAUGGUCGUGAGCUUUGGGUUAUGACCGAAAGGACAAGAUCACGGGUACAAAAUGAGUUUCCUCCGCCGGGUGGCGGGUCUCUCCCUUACAGAUAGGGUGAGAAGCUCUGUCAUCCGGGAGGAACUCAAAAUAGAGCCACUGCUCCUCCACAUGGAGAGGAGCCAGAUGAGGUAGUUCGGGCAUCUGGUCAGGAUGACACCCGAACGCCUACCUAGGGAGGUGUUUCGGGCACGUCCGACCGGUAGGAAGGAAGACCCAGGACACGUUGGGAAGACUAUGUCUCCAGGCUGGCCUGGGAAUGCCUCGGGAUCCCCCAGGAAGAGCUGGACGAAGUGGCUGGGGAGAGGGAAGUCUGGGCUUCCCUGCUUAGGCUGCUGCCCCCAUGACUCGACCUCAGAUAGGCGGAAGAAGAUGGAUGGCAUUCAUCAUCCCCGAAGUAAACAUUACUGCUCGCCUCAACCUCACUUCCUUUGACAUGGACAAGGAUUUAGAGAAGAAAAGAUUGGAGGCACAUCAUGUCUUUACACCUGAGGCAUUCAUCAUUUAAAAAAUAAUCUGUGAAAGACAAAGUUGGACUUAUUGGUGCAUGGCUAAGUAACGUAUUUGAUUGACAUAACGAGUGCUGCUGUGAUCGUGACACGAAUGAGAAAAAGGAUCAGCUUGUUUGCAGUUGAUUUCCUGCUACAAAUUUUAGUCUCAUUGACAAUUCAUUCUGCAGUUGUUGUUAUGCUGUGAAGUUGAUAUUCUGUCUCAUUAUUUAGCUGUAGAUGUCCCUGUUGCUCCGCAAUGUUUGCAAGUCAUAUCAAGAUUCGGUAUAUGCUGUUGAGAUUUCGCUUCCUCGCAGUCCCACUGUCAGACACGGAACAUGAGCCAAGCGUGCAGGUUUAACGAUCAAUUGUUUUACGAAAGUUUUCCCUCCAGCAGGGCGUCCGUAUCCUCUCUCCCUCUCUACAUACUGUUAAAGACAACAGAUGAUUACACUAACAAGUACCACCUGUGAAAUCUAAUCACCUGCCGGCUGUGUCUUGCCGUCAGCACUGCCACGCCCCCGUCCUCAGCACCAUGGACAGAGGCGGUGACCUUUGCUACUGCAGGCAGCGCCGACAACAUCCCCCCGCCCGCAUUUAUCCACUUUAUUAAUACUAUGAAGGAUAUUUUCUUGACGCUAACAAAUAUCACCAAAGACGCUAUAAUGCGGUCAUCCGGUUUAGCUCGGUUGGUAGAGUGGCCGUGCCAGCAACUUUAGGGUUGCAAGUUCGAUUCCCGCUUCUGCCAACCUAGUCACUGCCGUUGUGUCCUUGGGCAAGACACUUUACCCACCUGCUCCCAGUGCCACCCACACUGGUUUAUAUGUAACUUAGAUAUUGGGUGUCACUAUGUAAAGCGCUUUGAGUCACUUGAGAAAAGUGCUAUAUAAAUAAAAUUCCACUAAUUCACAUCCGUGUAGAAUAAAACACUCGUCUUUCCUGCACAGCAACAACUAAGUUUGAGUUUCUGUAAUGAAAAUGGAUUGAUUGAUUGAAACUUUUAUUAGUAGAUUGCACAGUACAGUACAUAUUCCGUACAAUUGACCACUAAAUGGUAACACCCGACUAAGUUUUCAACUUUUUUAAGUCGGAGUCCACGUACGGACGAUAAAAAUAUGGUGGAUAGGACCCACAAUCACAAUAUUUAUUACGAGGACUUAAUAUGACCUUAGUUUAUUUGCACAAGCAGGUCUUCUAAUUAUAUCUUUUAUUUAACUUUAGCUCUGCUCUCAAACACAACUAAUAGAGAAUAAAAUGGAUCGCAUCACAGAAAGUUUCUCAAACAAAUCAAAUGUUCAUACAAACAUUUUCCAAAGUGAUUACCGCAGACACGAGCAUGGUCCGAUUGUAUUCCACAAAGUGAUAAAAGUGAUAUUUUUCAUUUUCAACGCAUUUUAGCUUUUUUUUCCUGACUUUAUUACCUUUAUGAACUACUUUUUUCGGGACUCCAAAGAAGCCCUUUCCAAUCUCUCUAUUUGAACGACUGGAACACCCAAGGACAGAACAGCAAUACGACCCUUUCUGCUCAAACAGUUGUUUUAAUGCUACGCUCCUGCUGCUCAAACAUCGUCUAAAAUUAUGCCACCAAAUUCUCAAACAGAUCAAAGGUUCAUACAAACAUUUUCCAAAGUGAUCACCGUAGACACGAGCAUGGUCCGAUUAUAUUCCACAAGGUGAUGAAAGUGAUAUUUUUCAUUUUCAACACACUUUAGCUUUUUUUCGUGACUUCAUAACAUUUAUGAACCACUUUUUUCGGGACUCUAUGAUAGCACUUUCCAAUCUGUCUUUUUGAACAACUGGAACACCCAAGAACAGAACAGCAAUACGACAUUUUCUGCUCGAACUCGUCACUCCCUUGUUUAAAUGCUACGCUCAUGCUGCUCGACCAUCGUCUCAAUUAUGCCACCAAGAAGAAAAACGUGGUAUACAACCCAGGUAAACAACAGUUCCAGCCCUAGCAUGAUGCAGUAAGAAUGAACUAAGUAUUGUGGUUUUGAUAAAGCUCGUUUUGGUUGUCAUUGGUCUGUGCAGGUGUUGCCAAUGUUGUGAUAAGUGAGUCUCAGUAUAGAAGCUAUUGAAUCUUUUUAGAUUGAGUGGAAGUGUGUACGUAAUGGUUCGGCCCAUGGGUAUAUUUCAACAAUCUGUGACUAAUAUUCUAUUAUUAUGACGUCAAUAGUUAAAGGCCUACGGAAAUUAGAUUUUCUUAUUCAAACGGGGAUAGCAGGUCCAUUCUAUGU